AUGCCGCUCAUCAACGGUCAGAAGAUGGCCUGCCCUGCGCUUUGUAUCCUCCUUAUUGUUCGCGAACCCCGCAUCCCCCUGGGCCCUGAGGCUGACCCUUUCCACCCGUCGCCGCUCAGUGAGCCAUGUAUCCGUGGUCACCGCUCCACGAAAUGCACCCACGCGAAUGAGCGCUUGAUGGUCCCCGUCCGAAAGCCCGGCCGACCACUGAGCACAUGCCCUCACCCGCCCGCCCGCGGCUGCGGCUGCGGCAGUGUCACGGCCGCCAUCCCCAGGAAGCAGAAGUGCGGCUGCGGGUCGAGUACCGGAACACCCACCACCGAGUCGUCGUCGAGCGUCGUCAAGGCAGAGUCGCCCGCGAGCGAUGCCCCGCCAAUGUCCCCGACCAAGGCUCCCGCCUCCUUUCGAGUCCAGAAGACGGCUGCCAAGUCGGCGAGUCGCAAGCAGUCGUUCGACCCGGCCAACCUCGAGAGGAUGGAUGCCGCCAACAUCAACAUCCUGCCGCCCUACGACAUGGCGCAAGCGAACCACAUGCCCCACGCAAACGGCACCAUGCCGGGCAUGCCCGCACUGCGGCCGGGGAUGGAGUACGGUGCCAUGCCGAUUAUGGGCGGCGUCAACGGCGGCUUUCACCAGCCCAUCAUGUACCCGAUGUUCCCACAGCAUAUGCCCGGCCCCAUGUUCCCGCACGGGGCCACCAUGUCGAUGCCACGGACGAACGGCGCCUCCUCGACAACCAGCGCACCGACACCGGCGUCCAUUCCCGCGCCCGUGGUCACCGCGAACGGAGGAUCCUGCUGCUCUGGCAAGACGAAUGGAGCCGUCAAGCCCGCCCCUCCGCCGCCGUCACUCACAAGCGCCAGCACAGGAGGCUCAUGUUGUUCCGGACCAGGCAAGGCUGAAGGAACCUCUACACAGCCCUCCAGUGUCAGCUCGAGCCCAAAGACGCAACCGAAAUCCAAGACGGGCGGCUGUUGCUCCAGCAAGCCACCCACAAUAGAUACUAACGUAGUGACCAACGGCCACCACCACAUGUCCAACGGCCACAUGUCGCCGUCGCCGUCUAGCGCGAUCGCCAUGUCGCCCUUCCAAACACCAAUCGGCUUGCCGCAGGGCAUGUACCACUCCUACUUCCAACCGACCAUCUUCACCUACCCGCCGCAAUACGGAUCCUUCAUGUCGCCGCUACAGCCCGAGCAGUGGAAGCAGACGAUGGAGGCGCUGCAGUACGGUCAGCCGGUGCCGCAGCCCGCGGCGUACAACAUGCCGCCGAACCCUCUCUUCGCGUCGGAUGGCACGACCCCGACGAUACCCGAAUCAACGUCGCACACGUGCGGCUGCGGCGACGGCUGUCAGUGUGUGGGCUGCGCAGCGCAUCCUUACAACGACGCGACGCAGGACUACGUGCGCUCUGCGUACUUCAGCAUGCAGGAAGACUCGUACGGAAUGACGAAUGGUGUGAAUGGCACGAACGGACACUCAGAGGCUGUGAUAGCCAACAGUACAGGAUCCCGUGGGGUCGAGACUCCCACGAAUGGAGAGGCCGGCGGCUCCCCGCCCGCGCCGCAGACGCCUUCGGACACGACAUCUGGGCUGAGCGAAGAGCAGGCGCUAUCGGCCAGCGACUUCUUCUUCGUCACAUAUCCGUUCAGCGGCGAAGGAUGCGCCGGCGAGACGUUGUCGUGCCCCUGCGGCGACGACUGUCAGUGCCUCGGCUGCUCGAUACACAACACUUCGCCGAUUCCCGAGUCAUGA